AUGGCAGGACGAUGGUGGUGGCGGUCCAACGGCAGCGGUGGAUGUGCUGGCGGCAAAAGCGUCCCACAUAUAGCUAGGGAGGUUUCAACUGGCGGUAACUCCAAAGGACCACCAUUGUCUUACGCUCAGGCGGUGUCUUCGUCCUCCUCGGGAGAACAUCGCCCGGCGUUGCAUGCUUCUGUUAAGAACUUGAGGAUCAUCCCUUCGGCACACAUUAUUGCUGAUGUGGUGAGAGCGGCAAGAGAGUUAGUAGCACUUUCACAGGCGACGGUACCGCACAAGCGUUUCAUCACGGCUUUGGUGCGCCUGCGAGCCAGAAUUUCGCUACUGCUGGAAGUUGACCUUAGCCUGGGAAUGAGUAAGUAUCAUGUUCUUAUCGCAGAGGACCGUGGUGAAUUUAUGAAAUUCCAUCGAGAUUUAGGAAGGUAUGUAUUGCCGGAGGUGAGGAACAAGGCCGAGACUUUAUCUCCGGCAACGCAUAGAUUCACUCAUGAGAUAUCACCGGAGAUGAAAGGUAAGGUACAUGAUCUGAAAUCCUCGAUGGAACCUCAAAGUAAGAAAGCGGUGGAGCAUUGCUCCCGCUUAAGCGAUAGGAUGUUGGUGAGUCCGGUGCGGACCGCCAAGCAAGAUCAACCUUCGGCGAUCAUUAGUGCUGGCAAGGUUAAUGAAGUUGUGAUGCCAGUGGUUGAGCAUUGCUUCCACGGCGGUGAUGUGGGGGCCCCUUAUCAUGACCGAGCUUCGGCUUGGGUGGCAAAUGAAGGAUUAUUUGAUUUGGAAGCUGGGCUGAAUUUAAAGAUGGGUCAAGGUUAUGAGGCUUUUAAUAAUGACAUGAUCUCAAGGGAUCCUCUCCUAAUUUGUGAAGUGGGCCUGGACCUAGGCCAGGUGGUGGGAGAUGUUGAGGCCAAUCAGGGUUCCAUGGACUGUGGGCAAGAGCUUAAUUUGGACCCUGUACCUUCCUGUGGGCUAGAUUUGUUGCCAAACUCAGGAUCAUCUGGGGAAAAGGAGAAUCCUACUUUAGGUGGAGAUGAUCAACCAGGGGGGUUGCAUGUGAUUAAUGCAGAUUGUUUGGAGGUGAAUUAUGUAGAUGGUGCGGCCAUGCCUGCAAUGCCACCUCCUUUGGGGUUUAAAUGGCAAUUUUUGGCGGGAAUUUGGUCCUUAGUCCUGGAUACUAUCAUCAUACCUAGUGGGGAUGUUACUUCCUCAAAAGAGGUGGAAGGUACUGAUUUGCAUUCUGAUGCAGCGGGAGAGUAUGCGAUAGGGGGGGAACCAGCAAAAUUGAACGUCUUUCAAGAAACACACAUGCACAUAAUGGGAGUGAUGAAGAGACAACAUUCUCAAUUAGCUCUGAUGCUUUGCUUUCUCUGCUCGGAAAUUGUGUGUCUUUGCAAUAGUGAUGGUUCCAUAUGCAGAGAAUUAGAAAGGAAGGCACUUGUUGAUUUCAAACAGAGCCUUAAAGAUCCUAAUGGACUUCUCUCGUCUUGGAUUGGCCUGGACUGUUGCUCUUGGGCCGAUACAUGGACCUCAGCGGGAACUCCUUUGAAGAUAGUAGAAUUCCAGCUUUUUUGGGUUCACUGCAACCUUUCUUAUGCUGGCUUCAGUGGGUAUGUGCCACACCAACUUGGCAAUUUGUCUAGGUUGCGCUAUCUAGAUCUUUCAUCAAAUUUUCUUCAUGUGAUUGGAAGCCAUUGGCUCACAAAUCUUUCUUCUCUUCAAUUCUUGAAUUUGGAUGGUGUGAAUCAUUACAAGGCAACAAAUGUUCUCAAAGUACUGAAUACACUUCCUUUGAUAUCUGAGAUACACUUGCAUGGUUGUGAGCUUCAUAUCCCUCUUUCACUUGGUGCACACAUUAACUUCACAAAUCUUCGAUUCCUUGAUCUUUCCCAAAAUUACAUUAACUCUACUGUCCCUCUUUGGUUGUUCCAGUUGAGUGUCCUUGAGUAUCUUGAUUUUAGUAGUAAUAAAUUUCAAGAUCUUAUCCCUCAUGCUAUUGGGAAACUUACUUCUCUCAGGGUCCUCAACCUCCAAUCUAAUGAAGUCUCAAGUAUUAGACUACCACCUACUCUAGGGGAACUUUGUAACUUGAGCAUACUUACUCUCUCAGAGAAUAAUUUUAUUCCAAGUGAUCCAAAUGGAUUCGGAGAAAUUUUUUCCGGCUGCAUUAAAAAUAGUUUGGAGGAGUUGUAUUGGAGUGGUGCAAAUCUCAUUGGGCAGUUGCCAAUUUGGCUAGCGAACCUCAAAUCUCUUAAAACUCUUGAUCUUUCUUUCAAUUCAUUGUAUGGGUCAUUUUUUCAAUUCCAACUACCAUUUUUGCAAGAGUUAAGCUUUGUUAGUAAUCAAUUGAAUGGAAGUAUUCCAAAGUAUUUGGGGCAAUUAUUUCCAAAGUUGGUCAAAUUAGAACUUCCGGAUAACAAUCUAGCUGACAUUUUGACAGAAGCACACUUUGAUAAUCUCACAAAGCUGGAAUUUCUAGACAUUCAUUCAAAUUCAUUUGAAUUGAUAGUGAGACCUGAGUGGGUUCCUCCACUUGAGUUAAAAUAUUUGAGCAUGAGUGACUGUAAAAUAGGACCAAAAUUUCCAUCAUGGCUUCAAAAGUUGAAGAACAUUUCCUAUCUUUCAAUGUCAAAUACAAGCAUUGCGGAUGCAUUACCAGUUUGGUUUUGGAACUUCUCUUCUAAUAUUGGAAGUGUAGAUCUAUCUCACAAUGAGAUUAGAGGCAAGCUACCAGCAGGUUCAUCAAAAUUAAUCAAUAUUGAAAUUUUGGAUUUAAGUCAUAAUUAUUUGGAAGGACAGUUGCCACAAUUUUCAUCAAAUUUAGUAGAUUUGGAUCAGGCGCAUGGCUUAUUCUCAACGUCCACUUUAUCUAAUACAAGCAUCAUAGUGCCAAGUUUGUUUCGGUUGUAUAUUUCUUCAAACAAAAUAACGGGAAGUAUUCCCAAAACAUUAUGCAAGCUAAAUUAUUUGGAAAUACUUGAUCUCUCAUAUAAUAUGAUUGAAGGAGUAGUUCCUGAUUGUUGGAAUCUUUCUUUAUAUUCACGGUUGGAUGUAAUGGAUUUGUCUCAUAACAAUUUAUCCGGGAUCAUUCCCGCCUCCAUCAGCUCCACUAAUUUGUAUAUUUUGCAGUUGAGAAAUAAUGCAUUUUCUGGUGAGCUCCCAGCUUCUUUUAAAAAUUGCACAUCAUUGUCGGUUUUAGAUCUUGGAUAUAAUAACAUUAGGGGAAGAAUACCAACAUGGUUUUCAGAAAACUCAAAAGAUCUGGAGAUUCUUGAGCUCCGAAAUAAUAUGCUUACUGGAUCUAUUCCUUCACAAUUGGGAAACCUCAGACAUCUUCAUGUUAUUGAUGUUUCAAGUAACCAUCUAUCAGGUGCCAUACCACAUGAUUUUGGCAACUUCAGUGCCAUGAAAACUGAAACCGGAGGCGUGUUAGGCUUUGGUGAUUAUGAGAACAAUAUUGCGAUAAAUUUGAAAGGAAGAGACGUUCAGUUGGAAAGUCUGUCUUCAAUGCUUAUUUUCAUUGACCUCUCGAAUAACAUGUUAUCAGGAGAGAUACCUGAAGAACUAGGGCAACUUUCUUCACUGCAGAGUUUGAAUUUAUCCAGAAAUCAAUUAUCAGGACAACUGUCAGAAAAAAUCGGCCAGCUCAGGUGGUUGGAAGUUCUUGAUUUAUCAGUGAAUAAUCUUUCAGGUGUUAUUCCUCCAACCAUGACCAACUUAACUUCAUUGAAUCAUCUGAAUUUAUCUUACAACAAUUUCUUUGGCAAAAUUCCAUACGGUGGUCAACUUCAAGCACUUCCAGAUCCAUCUAUUUAUUCUGGCAACCAAGGUCUAUGUGGUUUUCCAUUAGAUACAAAGUGUGAGAUUACAACACGACCACAACCACCCUCAUUGCCAAAUAAUGAAGACGAUGACAACUUGGAAACUAUAUGGUUUUAUUUGAGCAUGUCACUGGGAUUCAUAUUUGGGUUUUGGGCAAUUUCUGGUGCAUUGAUUCUGAAAAAGAGGUGGAGGUAUGCUUAUUUUCGAUUUAUUGAUCAUAUUUAUGAUAAGAUCUAUGUUAUUGGUGCUGUAAAUCUAAAUAAAUUGAAGAGAAAAUGUGGCCUUGCUAGUGAAUAGUGUUACCUUUUUUUCUUGGAGGCCAAAAUAAAAGAUUACAAUCCAUAUAGGUAUUACAAGAGCAAGUAAUUGGUGGUACGAGGUUAUCUAGAGUUCAACAUUUUACUGCCUACUUGUAUUAAUUAUAUACAUAAAAUGUCAUGAGAACUCUUUUGAGAAUGUAAUUUUAAUUUGUUAUGAAAUGUUGUCCAGUGUAUUUAUUUAUUCUCUUAUGUUAAUGUUAGUGUUAAUAGAGCAUAUUAUAUGUAAGUCGAACACAUCAAUGUGCUUGAUCUUCCUGUGUUAGUGAAAGUUUUCAGUGAGUAUAUAUAUACUUGACAAAGCUUCUCAAAAGACAAAGCUUCAGCAGAAGUGAUCCUGGUUCUUCAAUUCUUCAACUAGUUUCUAUGUUUUCUGCAAGUUCGCCUUAAUUUCUCUUGAAUAUACCUCAUCAUAAAAAAUUCUGGAGAUAUGCCCCCAUGUGGUUCCAUAAAUUAUCUUUUCUAAGAGAAUGGCAAUUUGAGCGAGCUUGCAAUUUCCUGCAAUAUAUAUGAUCUGCAUGCCAACAAUAUAAUACAG